CUAAAACUACAGUGCACGUAGCUUUUUGUAACUUUGUAACCUAUCAGCUCCCUGAGCGGCUGCAAAUUUGUGUGCGCGUUUGUACGAAUAAUUUCGGUAAGGACCGGAUAUAUGUAAAAGAAAAUGAGACAUUGGUCAUAAAAUAAAUAACUUGAAGAGAGAACGGCGAAUAAGUCAACAGCUUCAGGUGGAUAACAACGAUCUGAAGCUGACCUUACAGGUGAAUCUGGAGGAGUCCAACGGUGAACGUCAGAAGCAUGGAUCCGAACGGCGUUCAACAAACAGAUAACAGUGCGCCAGGUGAAGCUUCCUCGGGAGCAACCCAAAGGAUGUCAAGACAGCAGAUCCUGACAUUGAUAUCAGUGGCAUCUGUCAAUUUCAGUUCUAUGAUCUGUUACUCGAUAUUGGGCCCGUUUUUCCCGAAUGAGGCAAAGAAGAAAGGAGCCAGUCAGACUGUUAUUGGCCUUAUAUUCGGAUGCUAUGCUUUGUGCAAUUUGAUGGGAUCAUUAAUACUGGGUAAAUAUAUUGUUCACAUCGGAGCAAAAUUCAUGCUGAUUUCAGGGCUAUUUGUGUCUGCAGGCUGCACAGUUCUCUUUGGCCUGCUGGACAAAGUACCCGGGACGGUGAACUUCGUUGUGCUGUGCUUCAUCAUAAGGUCUGUCGAUGCCGUGGGCUUCGCGGCCGCGAUGACAUCCUCCUUUGCCAUUUCUGCAAAGGUAUUCCCCAACAAUAUAGCGACUGUUCUGGGCAGUCUGGAGAUUUUCACAGGCCUUGGGCUCAUUCUGGGACCCCCCUUGGGGGGACUGUUAUAUCAGUCAUUUGGAUACGAGAUCCCCUUCAUUAUUUUGGGUUGUUUUCUCUCUCUGAUGGUGCCAUUCAACAUGUACAUGCUGCCAAACUUUGAUGCCACGCCCAGCAAGGACUCCUUCAUCAGGCUGUUCACCCGUCCGAAAAUCUUUCUCAUCUCUUUCGUUAUAUUCACGCUGAGCUCAGGACUGGGCUUUCUGGACGCAACCUUGUCCAUUUUUGCCACAGAAAAGUUUGGUCUGAAACCAGGCUACGUAGGACUGCUGCUGCUGGGAGUAUCACUGCCCUACUGUCUGUCAUCACCUUUGCUGGGUGUCGUCAGCGACAAGUUUCCUGCCGCUAGGAAAUGGCUUAUGGUUGUGGGCGGCCUGGCAACAGCAAUUGGCUUCUGUUUCCUGGGCCCCACCCCCAUUCUGCACAUACAGGGUCAGCUAUGGCUGCUGAUCCUUAUGCUGACCAUCAUUGGCUUUUCCUUGGGAAUGACUGGAAUCCCCACCUUCCCAGAGAUCCUCAUUUGUGCAUAUGAGAAUGGAUUUGAGGAAGGCCUGAGUACUUUAGGACUGGUGUCAGGGUUGUUUGGAGCUGUGUGGUCCAUUGGGAUGUUCUUUGGACCAACAUUCGGUGGAUUUAUGACGCAGACUCUGAAUUUUGAGUGGGCAGCCACCAUCGAAGGAGGAAUUGGCUUUAUCGCUUCCUUCCUCCUGGGUGCAUAUUUCAUCUCUGAAGGAGCUCAGAGAAAGAGGUCUUCUCGAGUGGUUGGUAGGGAAUCUCCUGAAGAAAGUUCUCCUCUUCUGGGCUAAAAUUCAGCCAACUGACCAGAGAUACACUGAGACCAAGGACCACUAACAUGUAAUAUGUAGAACAUCCUCCCAUUUUUUUAAAAAAUAUCGUUCAUAUGGAUUUUAUGGCAAUCUUAUCUGUAUCAUUCAAUGUACUUGAU